ACAAAUUAAUAUUAAUUUUGUAUUUUGUGUUAUCUGAAACUGCUGUUGAAAUCGACUACAAACAAACCACUCCACUCUUCUUCUCUUCUCUCUAUCCAUAAAUAUUAUUAUUAUUUUUAUUAUUAUAAAAAAAUAAAAAUAAAAAUAAAAAUCGAAUUUUGAUGAAGAUGGUACACAAAAGUUAAGAUUUUGGAGGUUUCCGAUCGAUCAUUAUACAGUUUUGGCGGCGUAAAAUGCUCCUCCUCCGCCACUCUUACCAACUCUUUCACUUUCAGGAAAGUAAAUGCUUGGAUGGGAAGAGAGACACAAGUAAAGAUUGUAACGAGUGCAGCCAAAACUAGCAUCUGCAACAAACACACUUACACACACCAAACUUACUUAUGGCGUCCGCCAGUCUAGGAAACGGUGGAGUAGGCAGUUCCAGGUCUGUUAAUGGCUUCAAGAGUUCUUCUAGUUCGGUUGAUUGGCUUGGGAGAGAGAUGCUCGAGAUGAGAUUAAGGGAUAACGUUGAUAAUGACGAUGAUAGGGAUAGUGAACAUGAAGUUGUAAACGAUGUGGGUGCUGAAACUGGACAUGUGAUACGAACAACUAUUGGUGGUCGAAAUGGUCAAUCUAGGCAGACGGUCAGUUACAUUGCAGAACAUGUGGUUGGAACUGGUUCUUUCGGUGUUGUUUUCCAAGCUAAAUGUAGAGAAACCGGAGAGAUUGUUGCCAUCAAGAAAGUCCUUCAAGACAAGCGCUACAAGAACAGGGAAUUGCAGAUUAUGCAAAUGUUGGAUCAUCCUAAUAUCGUCGCACUAAAACACUGUUUUUUCUCAACAACAGACAAAGAAGAGCUUUAUCUGAACCUUGUACUUGAAUAUGUCCCCGAGACUGUUCACCGUGUUGCCAGAAAUUAUAGCAGGAUUAACCAAAGAAUGCCCUUAAUAUAUGUCAAACUCUACACAUAUCAGAUUUGCAGGGCACUCGCUUAUAUCCAUAAUUGCAUUGGUAUUUGUCACCGGGAUAUCAAGCCUCAAAACUUACUUGUAAAUCCUCACACUCAUCAGUUGAAGCUUUGUGAUUUCGGAAGUGCCAAAGUGUUGGUGAAAGGAGAACCGAAUGUUUCUUACAUCUGCUCGAGAUAUUAUCGAGCUCCCGAGCUUAUAUUUGGAGCGACUGAAUACACCACAGCUAUUGAUAUUUGGUCUACAGGCUGUGUGAUGGCUGAGCUACUACUCGGACAGCCUUUGUUUCCCGGUGACAGUGGAGUUGAUCAGCUAGUUGAGAUCAUUAAGGUUUUGGGAACGCCAACUAGAGAGGAAAUAAAGUGCAUGAACCCAAACUACACCGAAUUUAAGUUUCCACAGAUAAAACCUCAUCCAUGGCACAAGGUUUUUCAGAAACGUCUACCCCCAGAAGCAGUGGACCUCGUAUGUAGGUUUUUCCAAUAUUCCCCGAAUUUACGCUGCACUGCAUUGGAAGCAUGUAUUCACCCCUUCUUCGACGAGUUAAGGGACCCUACUACUCGCCUUCCUAAUGGACGCCCUCUUCCACCCUUGUUCAAUUUUAAAUCCCCGGAGCUUUCGGGUAUUCCACCAGACAUUGUGAAUCGGCUUAUUCCAGAGCACGCUCGUAAGCAGAAUUUGUUCAUGGCUUUACAUACUUGAUGAGAUUUUUCUCUCUUUGUUUCGCCGAAUAGAUGUAGACAUGUUAUAUCUUCUGUAAGAGAAAGAAAGAGUGUUUGAAUGAUGAAAAAAAAUCUGAGAUUUUGUGUAUGAAUGCGGAUGAAGAAGGCGAUAGACGGACGAAGGUGAGAUGAUGAUGAUGAUCUUUGUAUGAAAAUUCUGGCAUAUGUGUAUGUUUUUUCUUUUUAUAUAUAGUUUGGCCAUUACUUUGAUAGGAAGACCAAGAACAACACACCCCAGUACCAAAUAUGAUGAUAUAUCCUACAAUUCGUAUUCA